UACAUGUUUAAUCUUCCCACAGGCAGUUCAAAACCAGUAUGCUCAAGAGUGUGGCGAUUAUUUUAAGCGGCAAUGUGAAGCGCCACUACGAGACAAACUACAGAGUAUCUUUUGAGCAGGUUAACACGGAGGAUGGAUUUUGGUCCAACAGGGGGAUGGCACCCCCCCUCCCCCCUCAAAUCGCCUACUGGGGAACGGGAGACUCUGUGUAUAGAUGAGAAGACCAUUUACCUGGCUCAAUUUGUUCACCCGCCACUAGCGAACCAACUCAUGCACAACUCUUUUGGUUCUGUAUUCUGUAAUAUAGUUGGAAGUUAACCCGGCUCUUAUGCACAACUGCGCAUGCACCAAACAGGAGCUGGAUUUUAAAUUCACUUCCACUUGCGAAUCGAGUUAACUCGUUCCUCUUUAAGAGUCGUUCAAAAAGAACAAUUUGAUCACGAAUCUAACAUCACUAAAUCUGUGUGCUGACUGCAAGGCUUAGCACAACCAGCAUAACCGGCCUAAGAUGGCAACCUUGUUAUUGGCGUUUUUUCAUUUCGCACAGGGCAGGAUUAUGCAAUUAACACAUUUCAGACAAUUCCAUAAGUACGGAAAUGCAACAUACAUAUUGUUAGGUCUACACAUUUUAAAUGGUUUAUGUAUAUUUUGAACUGUUUUUGAGACAUUAACAUGAAGAUAUGUUAUUUCAUUCUAUCUUUCACCAACCCAGCCUGUCUCUGUGGUUCCGUUUUGGUGUUACAGCCAACAACUCUGAGCUGAGCUUCCUGCUACUCUUCUCCUUGAGUCUGUGUUUCCUGUGUUCUCUGACCUUCAUCGGCCGGCCUUCUGAGUAGUCCUGCAUGCUGCGACACAGCAUCACCUUUGUCCUCUGUAUCUCUUUUGUUCUGGGGAAAACAAUAGUGGCGUUAAUGGCCUUCAGGGCCACACUUCCUGGUAGUAAUGUGAUGAAAUGGUUUGGGCCUGCACAGCAGAAACUCAACGUUCUGGGCUCAGCCGUAGGCUUUUGGGCUGUACUUGGUUACAUAGGACUUCUGGCCAUGUUGUGUUUUAUUCUUGCUUUUCUGGCUCGGAAACUGCCUGAUAAUUUCAAUGAAGUCAAAUUUAUCACUUUCAGCAUGCUGAUAUUCUGCGCAGUAUGGAUCACUUUUAUCCCAGCGUAUGUCAGCUCUCCUGGGAAGUUCAGUGUUGCUGUGGAGAUAUUUGCUAUUCUGGUGUUAAGCUUUGGCCUAAAUCUAGUAGUUUUGGUACCUAAACCUAACCAAACUGCGACUGUUUUACAACAUUUACAUGUGUUUAUUAUUGUUACCAUGAUGACGAAGGUCCAGUACGCCUGUCAUUGGUAAUAGCCAACAGUAAUAAAAGUUGUUUUGGGGAACGGUCAUAUAUGUGGUUUUGGAAGUCAUUGGAAAACAACCUGUUCUGUUG